AUGUGGACUGCUAAAAGUCUUUGCAGUGCUCAAAUACUGUUGCUUCAGUUGAAAGAAGGCAGAUUGUGUAGUUGCAUGUUUCCAAAAAGUCAGCAGUUCUGGACUGGAAUUCUAAACUAUUGCAACAUAAGAGUGCCACAUAACAGAGUUGAAUUCCAGGUUUCCAAGGUAGAUGAUAAACGAUCGGUGGUAGAUACAAGAAUGGCUACUAGGGCAGAGGGAACUAAAAUAGCUGCUGGAAAAAGUCCCAGUGGAGUAUGUGGAGGAAGCCAACAUUCAUUUGAAGCAAAAAUGAAACAUAUCAAUCUGUCAUUUGCAGCUUGUGGGUUUCUGGGUAUUUACCACUUGGGGGCAGCAGCUGCUUUUUACAGCCAUGGUAAGAAGUUACUGAAAGUUGUGAAAGCUUUUGCGGGAGCUUCUGCGGGAUCACUGGCUGCCACUGUCUUAUUAGCAGUACCAGAAAAUAUAGAGAAAUGUAAGCAGUUUGCCUAUGGAUUUGCCGAGGAAGUUAGAAAAUUGGACUUUGGUGCUGUAACGCCUGGUUAUGAUUUUAUGAAAACACUUAGAGAAGGCAUAGAGUCUAUUCUUCCCUCUAAUGCUCAUGAGAGAGCUGAGAACCGGCUCUAUGUGUCAGUCACUAACGCCAAAACUGGGGAAAAUCACUUGGUUUCAAGUUUUGCAUCCAGGGAGGACCUCAUUAAGGUCCUGCUAGCAAGUAGUUUUGUACCAGUAUAUGCAGGAAUUAAGCCCAUGGAAUAUAAAGGAGAGAAGUGGGUUGAUGGUGGCCUUACCAAUGGCCUUCCUAUCUUGCCUGUUGGAAGAACUGUGACGAUUUCUCCUUUCAGCGGUCGAUUAGAUAUCUGUCCACAAGAUAAAGGACGUGUGGAUCUUUAUGUUAAAUUUGCAAAACAAGAUAUAAUGCUGUCUCUGGCCAACCUAGUAAGACUUAAUCAAGCUUUGUUCCCACCAAACCAGGAGAAAAUGGAAUUGUUGUACCAAAAUGGAUUUGAUGAUGCUGUACAUUUUUUACUGAAAGAAAACUGGUUUGAAUAGAUGGUACGUAGAAAAUUAACAAAACCUGAUAGCUGUUAAAACACAGCUGCAGGCAUCCUACAGAAUCUAAGGGAUUGCUGUCCUAAUUCCAGUUUAUGGAAAUAAAAAUCCCAAUGGAAUUGCAUCUGCUUCUGUCAAGAAAGUAUCAGUUGCACUCUGAAGAACUGUAUAAACGUGUCAGAAUGGGAAUUGUACUUGCCUGGUAGUUACCUUGUUCUGAGGAGGUUCAAGCUUAGAUCCAUUUUGCCUCAGCUGAGGACUUGAGUGUGGGAUUUGUAAAAA